AUGAGGUCUGCUCAACUAGUGCGCAACACUUCUGCGUUGCGGCCGACUCUGACUGCUCGUACUCGUGCUACCGCUCUCGGCCCAGCUUCCAUCGCCGCGGCCAACACUUUCCUCCGGACCGGACGCGGUCUUCCAUCUCAUGUGUCUGCCCUUGCGAUCCUGAUUCCCCAACAGCGUGGCUAUGCCACAGAGCAAUCUACAUCCAACAACUCAUCCCAAUCAUACCCUCCUCCUGGAUUCAAUGUCGAGCAAGCGAAGAAGCCUCUCCCCCAAGACCAGGCGCAAUCGUCACAAACAGCUGCCAAGUCUGCGCAGAAUGAGCCCGCUCCCAAGGAUGCCAAGCUGGCUUCCAGUAAGACCGUUGCGGUAGACUCGCAGAAGAACCUGGUCGAGGAGAAGGAAGUCAAGAAGUUGACAAUUGGACAAAAGGUCAAGAAGGAGCUGCAGCACUACUGGGAUGGCACAAAGCUGUUGGCGACAGAGGUUAAGAUCAGUACCCGGUUAGCUGUGAAGAUGGCUGCUGGAUACGAGCUCAGCCGGAGAGAGCACCGCCAGCUUCAACGUACCACCAAGGACUUGGGUCGGUUGGUUCCUUUCUCCGUCUUCCUAAUUGUUCCUUUCGCCGAACUCCUCCUGCCUGUUGCCCUGAAGAUCUUCCCCAACUUGCUGCCCAGCACCUACGAGGGCAAGUCGGCUCGUGAGAAGAAGGCCACAAACCUGAGCUCUACUCGCCAGGAGGUGUCUAGCUUCCUGCGCAACACAUUGCGUGAGACUGGUCUGCCCUUGACCGCUGCGACCGUUAAGAACGAAGAGUUUACCGACUUUUUCCGUAAGAUUCGCACAACCGGCGAAUCUCCUUCCACCGAAGAUGUUGUCAAGGUCUGCAAGAUCUUCAAGGAUGAUAUGACUCUGGACAACUUGUCUCGCCCCCAGCUGGUGGCUAUCUGCCGUUACAUGAACCUGAACACCUUUGGCACCGACGCUAUGCUUCGUUACACCAUUCGUCACCGCAUGCGCCAGAUCAAGCGUGAUGAUCGUGCCAUCUACUACGAGGGCGUUGAGUCCCUGUCUGUUCCGGAGUUGCAGAUGGCUAGCGCCUCUCGUGGUAUCAAGACCCACGGUGUCUCUCCUGCCCGUCUUCGCGAGGACCUUACCAUGUGGCUCGAUCUCCGUCUGCAGCAGGGUGUCCCGUCCACUCUCCUGGUUCUGAGCAAUGCUUACAUGUACACCCAGGGUGGCAAGGAGUCUGACAUGGCCUCCCAGAUUGAUGCUCUUAAGUCUGUUCUCUCCAGCAUUCCUGAGGAACUGUUCCACGAGAUUGAGCUGGAGGUCCACAACGCCGAGGGUGCCGCCACCAACAAGCAGCGUCUGGAGGUUAUCAAGGAGCAGGAAGAGCUUAUUGAGGAGGAGAGCGAGCAGAACAGCGGAAGCGAUGGCAACGUCCCUGCCCCCAAGGAUAUUGAGGACAUUGAUGAGAAGGAGGAAGCACGCAUUGAGUCAUCUUCUUCCAACGGUGCCGAGAAGCAAUCCGCUGAAGCCAAUGAAGCCAUGGCUGAGGGUGCUAAGGCCGAACAGACCAAGGAUGCCAAGAAGAGCGAAUAG